AUGGGGCACUCCAACGUCUGGAACUCCCACCCCAAGAACUACGGGCCCGGCUCCCGCGUCUGCCGGGUCUGUGGAAACUCCCAUGGACUGAUCAGGAAGUAUGGGCUGAUGUGUUGCAGGCAGUGUUUCCGCAGCAACGCCAAGGACAUUGGCUUCAUCAAGGUAUACAACAAGAACAUUAUUGUUUUUCUGUAUUGA